AUGGGCGGUGACAACGACCUUGUCCGUGACUUCGAGCAUCUCUCACGCCGCGAUGGAGCUAUCGUCGGUGGGAAGAACUCGUCCCUGGGCGAGAUGGUGUGCACCCUUGCGUCGAAAGGAGUCCCCGUGCCUCCGGGGUUCGCAACAACCUCGCAUGCAUACUGGGACUAUGUAGACACGAACAACCUCCGGAAGAAGGUUGCAGAAAACAUAGACGACUGGCAAGCGGGCAGGGCUACUCUUGCUGAGACCGGUGAGACUAUACGCAAGCUCUUCCUGCGCGGGACCUGGCCGGCCGCUACAGCAACCGCCAUCAAAACCGCAUAUCGUGAACUUUGUAACAAGGUGGGCAUCAAGAACCUGGGCGUUGCCGUGCGGUCGAGUGCCACAGCAGAGGACCUGCCGGAUGCUAGUUUCGCUGGCCAGCAGGAGUCGUAUCUGAACAUCUGUGGUGAGGAUGCCCUGCUGGACGCCUGCCGACGCUGCUAUGCCUCGCUAUUCACAGACCGGGCCAUCAGUUAUCGCCAGGCCAGAGGAUUCGACCACUUGAAGGUCGCCCUCUCUAUUGGUAUACAGCGUAUGGCCCGCUCCGACUCCUGGGGAUCUGGCGUCAUGUUUUCCAUCGACACCGAAAGCGGCUUCGACAAAGUUGUGCUCAUCAACGCCGCGUGGGGGCUCGGGGAGAAUAUCGUACAGGGGACCGUCAACCCCGAUGAGUACCAGGUCUUCAAACCUCUUCUCGGCCGGCCAGAUCUAGUCCCGAUAAUCGAGAAGAAGCGAGGCGAGAAGGCAAUCAAGAUGAUUUACGGCGGGCACCAGAAUCCAACUCGCAACGUGCCCACCUCCAAGGCAGAACGCGCGGCGCUUGUGCUCAACGACAACGAAAUCCUCCAGUUGGCGAGCUGGGCGUGCAUUAUCGAAAAGCACUACGGGUGCGCCAUGGACAUGGAAUGGGCCAAGGACGGCAUCACAGGCGAGCUGUUCAUUGUCCAGGCUCGACCAGAGACGGUACAAUCGCGCAUGGACAACGCUGUCUUCAAAAACUACAAGGUCAGCAAGAAGGGCCGCACUCUGGCAACGGGCCUUUCGAUCGGUGAUGCGGCCGUGUCUGGCCAUCUCUGUCUCAUCGAGGACGCCAGAGAUAUCGACAAGUUCAUCGACGGCUCGAUCCUGGUAACGCAAGCCACGGACCCGGAUUGGGUGCCCAUCAUGAAGCGGGCUGCCGCCAUCAUCACUGACCAUGGUGGACGUACAUCCCACGCAGCCAUUGUCAGUCGUGAACUCGGAUUGCCAGCCGUUGUGGGCACCAGCAAUGCUACAUACAUACUGCAUUCCGGUCAGGAAGUAACCGUCUCCUGCGCAGAGGGCACCACCGGUUUCGUCUACGAGGGCGACGCCGAGAUCACCACCGAGACGAUCGACCUCACUGGGCUUCCCAAAGUCAAGACGAAUGUCAUGAUCAACCUUGCCAACCCGGCGGCUGCGUACAGAUGGUGGCGACUACCAGCGGACGGCAUUGGCCUCGCCCGGAUGGAGUUCGUCGUCACCAACGCCAUCCAGGUCCACCCCAUGGCGCUUGUCCACUACGACAGUCUGAAGGAUGAAAAGGCGAAGGAGGAAAUUGCCCGACUGACCGUUGGAUACAAGCACAAGCCAGACUAUUUCGUCGAUAAGUUGGCUCACGGCUUUGCAGCUCUGUGCGCCGCUGUAUAUCCCAAGCCGGCCAUCAUCCGCAUGAGCGACUUCAAGACUAACGAGUACGCCAAUCUGAUCGGAGGCGCUGCGUUUGAGCCAAAGGAGGAGAACCCCAUGAUUGGAUUCCGCGGGGCCUCGCGCUACUACUCGCCUCGUUACAAGGAGGGCUUCUCGCUCGAAUGUCGCGCAAUCAAACGUCUGCGUGAGCAGAUGGGUUUCACGAAUGCCAUCGUCAUGAUCCCCUUCUGCCGGACAGUCCACGAGGCGAAGAAGGUGCUCGAUGUCAUGGCCGAGAAUGGACUCGAGCGUGGCGUAAACGGCCUCCAGGUCUAUGUGAUGUGCGAGAUACCGUCCAAUGUCAUUCUGGCUUCCCAAUUCACGGACCACUUUGAUGGCUUCUCCAUCGGCUCGAAUGACCUGACGCAGUUGACGCUUGGUGUCGACCGCGACUCUGGCGAGCUGGCCGACCUGUUUGACGAGCAGAACGAGGCAGUCAAGUGGAUGAUUGCACAGGUCAUCUCCGUGGCCAACAAGAAAGGCUGCAAGAUUGGCAUCUGCGGACAGGCACCCAGCGACCAUCCGGAAUUCGCAAAGUUCCUGGUCGAAGCCGGCAUUAAUUCGAUCUCCGUGAGCCCAGACAGCUUUGUGGCAGUGAAGAGGAAUGUGGUUCUUGGAGAGAGGGCAUGA